AAAAAAUUCUAUUGUUCGAAAAACAACAAUAUUAGAAUAGAUUUUAUUAAUAGUACUAUUUAUUUAUGAUUAAUGUAUUAUUUGUAUAUUUUAAUACUUUAUAGUUUAUAAUAAACUUUGAGAUUCGUACGCUGUACCUUCUACUUAAUUAUGGUUGUUCCAUUAUAUCAGUUUUGUCAGUUUUGGUGGAAUGAGGUUUGCAAGAAAGUAAAGAAAGCUGUAGUUUUUAUUGAUAAUAAUGCCAGCGAAUGUCUUCAUUGGUCAGGAGGUUAUAUGACAUUGAUUAAUGCUGGUGCUGUGGCUGUAAAAGAGUUCUCAUCAUUUGAGGCCGGGCAGGACGGGCAGAAGAAGGCGGUGUUCAUCACCUGCUCGCCAGUGUUUGGCGUCACCAGGACGGUGCUGCGGGACGUCAUCCAGGCCAGCAGCUUCGAGUACUGCGUGCUGAUCACCGCCGCCCACCCCAGCGUUCACCACUUCCUCAGGCACGGGGGUCCUCGGGAGGGGGUCGGCGAGAUGGCGGCCUUCCACGACCUUGAGGAGGAGAUGCUGCAGUGGAUGGGCAACAUGAACUUCACUGUGGAGGUGUUUUACUUCCCAAUCUUCGUCAUUCAAGUGAUGGAGUCCGUGUUCCUCACACCACCUUUCGCCAGUCUGUUCCCCACUGUCGACAGCGACCUUUCAUACCUCAAGCAGCACAAGUCUGUGAAUAGGGCCGGGGACCAGGUGUGGCCGCCGGAGCUGCAGGCGGGGGCGCGCCACCUGGUGAGCUGCCUGCACAGCCUGCUGGCGCAGUGGGACGCCUGCGAGGACCUGUACAGCCUGGGCCACUUCAGCGGGCUGCUGGCCGCCCAGCUGGAGGCUCUCCCCGCGGCCGUCGCCCGCCGACGCGCGGCGGGGCAGCGCUGCUCCCUGAUCCUGGUCGACCGCACGCUCGACCUGGCGACCGCGGCCAGCCACGACUCUGAAGCGCUGCUCGACCGCGUCCUGGCCGUGCUGCCGCGCCUGCCCGGCCACGGCAACGAUGUGGCAGUCGAUAUGUCCCCCCUCUGCGCCGCGCAGGCGAAAAACACCGUUCAGAAUCCAGUUAUUCCACCGGGCUGUCUGUUUCAUCCAGAAGAGCAGUGUCUAGAGGUGUUUGAGUGGCUGGUGGGGCGGCCGCAGAAGGACGUGCUGGCGGGCCUCCACCAGCGCCUGGCGGCCCGGGCCCCGGCCGGACGUGACGACACCCCGGGGAGCAGGCUGGCCACCCGCGUCACCCCCUCGUCCCUGGAGAAGCAGGUCGCCUCCUUCCGCUCCCACCCGGACAAGAUCGCUCAGUGCUCCGGGCUCCUCCAGCAAACGCUGGCGGUAACGCAGACCCUGAGGUCGGCUCGGCUGGCGGAGCUGGCGGGAAUAGUCAGCACGGAGAAGCUGCUGCUACAGAACCUGUGUGUGGGGGGGGACACCGGGGCGGUGCUGGCUCAGGUGACGCAGCUGCUGCGGACGCGUCGCGAGCGGGGCCUGCCCCUGGGGGACCUGCUGGGAGUGCUGGUGCGGGCCUUCUCGCUGGCCGGCAGCGACGCGGUGUUCCCGAGGCCGGCCGUGGCCGAGCUGCGCGCCGCGCUGGAGCGAGCCCUGCGCGAGGACAGGCACCUGUUGCACGGCAGCAUCUCCCACCUAGUUAAUUGUGAUCCUAAACUGAACAGAGACGUAACCAGGAGUUUCGCAGCGCAAAUCAUAGAAAAAUUGAAGUCUGCUGCUAAUGCCAGGAAAGAUUUCGUAAAAUACAGGAGCCUGCUGCGCAGCGACGGCGGCGGAGAGCCGGGGAAGAGCGCCAGCCUGCUGCAGCAGCUGGUGACAGACCUGCUGGACCCAGACCGGCCCGAGCUGUGCGACCUGGCCUGCAAGUCCGCCGGCCUCAAGGAGCUCCUCAAGACGGGCUUCAGCAUGCUGCUGAACCUGCCCCGCCAGCAGCGCCCCACGGACAACCCGCUGGUGCUGGUGUUCGUGGUGGGGGGGAUCACGGCGCAGGAGGUGCAGAUGGUGCAGGCGGCGGCGCGGGCGGCCGGGCACACGGCGCAGCUGCUGCUGGGCAGCACGAGGCUCGUCAGCCCCGCCGACGUCACGGACAUGUACCUGAGCAGCCACGUGUCGUAGGUGUCCGGAGCUUUGGGAGAUCUACCUGAGAAAGUGGUGACUGUGCCGGCUGUGCUUCGGUUCAGGUCGUGAUCCCCAGUGGCGUAGCCAGGAUUUGUGUAUGGGGGGGGGGGGGGGGGGGGUGUCCGGGGGUCGUCCCCCGGGAAAAUUUGGAUUCUGAGGUGUAAAAUAGUGCUAAGUUUUCGGUACUUAAAUUUAAAUAUUGUAAUGGUAAAAAUUUUAUUUAUUUUAAUAUGAAAUUUGUUUGAGUGAUGAACAAGAAAUUAAUUAAAGAUUCGGUGCUAAAGAGGGGUGGGGGGGUGGGGGUUUGAACACCUUAACCCCCCCCCCCCCCCCUCCCUGGCUAUGCCCCUGGUCAUCCCCGAGGGUAUGUCAGAAGUUAGCAGAAAUGAGGCGUUGUUGACACACAUAAGUACAGUUGAACCCUUUGGUUAGCAUUUUUCUGGUCGCAAUACUGUUAUUUAACUGAAGUACCUGCAGUGUUUGCAUAAGAAAAUUUCUUAAAUGCUGUGUUUUAUCGCAUAAUCUUCACACAUUUUUUUAUGCUAAAAUCAAGUUUGAAAAGUAGGGGUGUGUCUUUUGUAUGAGAAAAAGCAUUUUUGUUGAGGUUUUUUCUUUCAUAAAAAUAAAACAUGUUGUAUAAAAAAGCCUGCCAAACGAUUUACAUUAAAUAGUCGUGAAACAGUCACAUUUUGUUAAGCUUAAAACAGAAAAACUAAAAAUGUGAACCGGAAGUAAAUAAGUGUCCCCAUAAGUAUCGUUGUGCACACUAUCGAAAGAGUGCAGGUUAUCAAAUGUUUAUUCGCAUGAGACAGAGUGCACGCAUUGCAUUCAAUCUGUGAGCUAUUGAUAUUCGACUAUGUGCGCCCGCACUAUACAGGCAUCAACAUAACAAAAAAUAAUUAAAAAUCAAAAUGUUUGACAAGUCUUUAAAAAAAAAUUACACACUGGACAACUUCAUAUUUCUGUUAAUUAAAUACAUUUUUUGUGAGAGGGGAAACGUACAUCUUAUGGAUAAAAUGGUGGUACCGAAACAUUUGACUGCAUUGUGCAGGUACAUCUUGAAUGAGUUUUGCUGUAAUUCUAAUUACUGUAUUUUCCCAAUAUAACUAGUAUUUUCCAAAUAUAACUAUCAUACUGCCUGAUAGCAACUCGAAAACAGAUUGCUUUAGCACAGGUUUUAGUUCUGUGAUAUUUGGCAAGGUCAUGUUUACUUCUGACAUAAACUGCUCGGAAUCUAACAGCAGGAUGAAAAACAUCAUGGAUUUUUUUUUUUUUUUUUUUUUUUCAUUUAAAAUGACAUUGCAAUGAUUGUGAUAAAACACAGCAUCUGGACAAGUAUAAUAGAAUUUUGUUUAGUUGCUCAAAACUUAAAAAAAAUAUGGAGUCUUAAAAUGGUAUAAGUGUGUGUACUUUUACAUAUCGUAACUGCUAUCAAGCCUAUUAGUCACAGAUGUAACAAAUCAGCAAAUAAAUUCAGCAGGAUAGGAUGUACAACACUUAAUCCUACAUUCUGAUUGUGAAUAAUAUUGAUAUUGUGCUCAAACAGCAAAUGUUAUUGAAGUGGCACUCCUUACUAAGUUAAUACGUAUUUUAGCGAUACAAUUUCAACAGCAAAUCAUUACAAAUGUAGCAAUAUGAAUUGUGUAUUACCGAGAUUAAAAACUUUUUAAUACAAUAAAAGCACUGAAGUUCAGUUCCUGUGUGUAUUUUUUAUCUUUAAAAAUGUGUAACAAGUCAUAUUGGCACAGAUGCACCCUUGCAAAUGAAUAGAGUUAUGCAAAGCUACAGAGAGUCAAAGACAAACCAAAGAAAUUUUCUUUGACUCAGGCUUUGGGGAGAUAAAAAACUUAAAGAUCCCAAAAAAAUUUUCUCACAGAUUUGCAUUAAAGCUGGAUUUAUGCCGUAAUUGUUUGGCUGCAAUUUUUCCAAAACAAGAACCACCCAAAUGGUAAAAAGGGAUGAAACAGGAUAAAUAAAUCUGUUGUGCUUCUUUAGUCAUAAUAAACUCUAUUAUCUAGUUUCUGAAAGUGUUGCUAUGCAUUGGCUACACACGUAAAUGUAGGUGACGUAUGUUUCCGACACAUUAAUAAAGUUGUAUACAAGUGGGUUUUAAA